UUUCUAGAAAUUUCGAUAUUGAUGUUAGAUUUGCCUGGUUUAGGGAAAAUGAGAAGGAUUAGGAUGAAUAUUUUGGUAUCUAAGGAAAAUAGUGGAUUUUGAUCGUAGCAACGUAUCACUGGCGCUGAUAAUUAAGCUCCCACAAGAGAGUAUUCAUUUCUCAAGAGACCUGCGAAAGCAGAUCAGUGAUAAAUCGACUGAGAGUCUUUUCACAGGAGUCAGGUAAGUACAGAAUUUGUUUAUCUUGCUUGCCAACCAAAGUCAUUUUAAACAACUCACUUCUGUAUGCUCCCCAGGUUUGUGAUUGGCUGUCGGUGGUUCUACGUCAUAAGCAGUUCAUCAACAUGGUCGACAUCGACUCGAACGUGAAUGCAGAGAAACAAGACAGCUGUAGGAAUACUCCAAAGAGCGAACAUGAGAGCGACACAUCGACAGAAAACGUCAACAAACAAGAACCUGACGACCACGAACAACAAUCUAUUCAUGAGAACACAAUGACUGGAGGAGCUCCGAGCCCAACUGGAAGCACUCGCUCUCGAAGCAGCCAAGCCGAGCAUUACCCAACAAAAAACGACCUUUUAUUCCCAGCUCAAGCUAAAUAUAUUUGCCCAAAAUGUAAUGAGCUUCUCCGCUAUGCAGUACAGAUUAAACCUUGCGGCCACAGAGUCUGUUAUCCCUGCUAUAAGGAACUAUUAUUGAGUUCGGAGAAAAGAUGUCCAACCGACAACUUGCAAAUGGAGCCUGUACCAGCAGAAGAUGACACAGCCUUCAACGAUGAAGUUAAAGCCCUGGAGGUGAGGUGCAAAUACUAUGGAGAUUGGGGCUGCAAAUGGGAAGGACCAGUCGAGGAGUUCCAGCAACACUGGAAAGAAAUCUGCUCGUAUGGUGAAAGGAUGUGUGUCAAUGACUGUGGCGCCAAAUUUCAGAGGCGUUUCGAAAAGAAACACAUGGAAAAGGAUUGUCCCAAGGAAAUUGUCACGUGUCCUUACUGUGAUGAUAGACACCUCAGGGAAGACAAGAAGGAACAUUUACAGGAAUGUCCAAAAUUACCACUUCCUUGUCCAAACAAGUGUGAUAAGAAGCUGACUCUCCCAAGAAAUGAGCUUGAUCACCACAUCGACGUCGAUUGCCCAAGGACCAAACUGAAGUGUGAAUUUGAGGCUCUUGGCUGCGAACACAGGUGUAGUCGAGAAAAAAUGGCCAAGCACAACAAGUCAGAGAUAAUAAACCACGUUAAGAUUGUGUACAAGAUGAUGAUGGAGAACAAAAUGAUGCUCGACUCGCAUCAGUUAAAACUGGAAGAACACGAGAAGGUGAUGAAAUCCCAGGAACAACGAAUCGGGGACUUGGAGAAGAUCGCUCACAGCCAACUCAUCUGGAGAAUCGAGGAUUAUUCAAGGAAGUUCAAAGAAGCAAAAGCUGGCAAUAAUAGCACUCUCUUCAGCCCCACCUUCACCACCAGUAAGCAUGGGUACCGUCUGUGUGCGUCUGUCUGUCUGAACGGUGAUGGUAAAGGCAAGGGAACGCACAUGUCAGUCUUCGUCAGCGUGCUGAAGGGUGCUUUUGAUGCGUUGCUGAAAUGGCCAUUUGAUUAUCGGGUAACCUUCACCCUCCUGGACCAGGCAGAAGAAGUUUCACAGAGAAAACACAUCAAGUUCAGCAUCAAACCAAACCCCUGCCCAGACAACGAGCCUUUCCUUGGAAAACCCAAGAUGGAAAAAAACGCUAGCUUCGGAGGCGCCAAGUUUGCCAAACACGAAGAAAUUGAGUCAAGAAAUUACAUCAAAGAUGACACGGUGUUUUUGAAGAUCAACGUCGACUGUGACGGAUUGAGCGAGCCAUGAACGUAACAAUGUUUGAUUCUCUAUGCACAUUUGAUUUAAGUAGGUACAAAACUGUGAAAAGAUUGCGAAUAGAUAACACCAUGAAACAUUCUUGGUAAGAUUAUAACUCUAACGUCAUAAGUUAUAACAACGACGACGACGACAACACUAAUUUACAAUAGCAUCAAUGUUUUCCAAACCAGUUCACUCCACGAUUUCAUAAAUAUAUUUUCAGUAAAUACUAAAAUUACUUUCUACCAGAUAUACUACCAAAUGCUGAUUUUGAGCCCGCUGAUUGCAACUUUUUACAAAGUGACUUGUUACCAAAGUGAUACACGUAAGCAAAAUGACGCGGAGAAAAAUUUUAGAGGCUGAGGAAUUCGUGAGUAGAGAAGAAAUUUAAUUGUAAACUUACCAAAAAAUUUUCAUGGCGUUGCGGAUUAUGAAAUGUGCAUAAGAAGGUUCCAGUUGUCGCCAUGGCAACCACUCAAGAAGAACACUUCAACUUUAAGAGGUACGACUAAGCACAGAAAAUAUACAUACAAUGCACUUGAGCAUAAUCUUGAUUGUGCCGUAACAUUUAAAUACAUAAAGAUAAUGUGCUUUGAAGUCAAUCUUAUGAAGUUCCCAGAGCCCUUAUUUCUUCAGUACUGCGCAUGUUCGUCGAAAUAUUGAGUCGAGCAUGCGCAGUAAGAAAUAAGGGCUCUGAGUACGCUCUGUAAGAGUGAAUUGCAUGUACGCAUGCUCGCACCCUACACCGUGUAGUUUUAGGUUUCAUUUUUUGAUUCACGUUCUUAGUGUUUGAGAUAUCAAACCUGAUGAUCUCCGCCGAAAUACAACAUAAUUCGUACCUGGGGAUCAAAACGAUUGGACAUAUUAACAACAAAAAAAGAUUUCAAUUCUCAAAUGGAGGGAUUUUUUUUGUUUUGACCCCCAGAUUGGGAAUUAGUACAAGGGGUGAUAAGAGUCUUUGUAGGAUAAUCUCAAUCAGGGAGUUGUCUCAAUUGCUGGUUUUCAAUCAUUCCCAAGGUGGAAUGAAAUAACAAAUGACACGGCCGCCAUGUUGAAUGAUAUAACAAAAAUUCCUCCAACAUGGCGGCCGUGAAAACCAUUAAUGCAGCUACCGCAGAGAGGAAAAAAAGAAUAGCAUAUUACUCUCAUGAGCAAGGGCGCAAAAAAAGUUUUUUCAAGUAGGGCAGAGGCAUAUUUAACCUGUAAAUACGCGAGCGAUGCUGUUUAGAUAGUGUCCUGCUCAUGGUGAAUCAUUUACCGGUAAAGAGGUAAUUUUUACCGGCAAUUGUCCAAUGACCAGCACUUGUUUGCAGUCUUGCAUGAGAGUUGAAAUUCUUUGGUUUGUCCUCUAAAUGAGCGGCUCAUUGCUUAAGGAGUCUAUUAUUAGCCAUUCGCAGAUUGAGGAACGAAUUAGGUCGAGCUGGCAUUGUGUGGCUGUUUUAGGACGAAAUAGACGCCAUCUUGGAACCAUGUCAACCAAAUGCAAUCCCACAAUGCACUGCACAGCUAACUCGACCCAGUUUUUUUUCAACCUGGGAAAGACUAAAAGUAUAACUAACUCUAUAUUUAUAGUUUACCCCAUUUGGGUAAAAAAGAGACAAUGGAUGUAAAUGUUUCGUCCCCUUUAUAAGGUCUUGAUACCACUUCUGCCAGAAUCCUUUCCCUCCUUUUGUUGGCCUAAUCAACAACACUAUCUUGUGAUUCUGAAACGAGCUCAAGUACAAGAAAAGAAUUCGAAAAGGAUUGUGGUAUUAGUAGUAUAAACGUUUUAGAAAUCUUUAAAUAGAAUGGAAGGUUUUGGAAUAGUCCCUUUUCUCAUUCGGUAAAUACCGCUGUGUUUUAUGACCGAAGUCUCAUCUCCGCAGGCUUAGCCUUGUUUAAGAGCAAAUCAUUUGURAAAAGAACUGUAAUGCAAAGAAUGUGCAGCUUUAACAACAAUACCAAUGUUUUGAAAUCCCACAGACUUUUAAUAGGAUCUGUGAAUGGAUGACUUAUAAACGAGGCUACGUUUGUGCGAACGAGUCUGUGGUCUUUAAAAACAGCGAUAUACAUCGAAUUCGAAACUGGUGUAAUAUUUUAUCAGAGAGUCAUUAUAACUUAUUAUGACAUUUGCUUAUCAUAUUUAAGCACCACUAUUUCUCAUAGUUUAUAUGAUAAUGCUAUCAUGUUCUUUACAAGGGUCAUAUUUAAUGCAUUAUUGCAUCGGUGAAUGAACUGAAUAUAGUUAAGUCUUCCGCACAUUUAUAAUUAUUGCUGAGUCAUAGAGCAGAUUUCGUCUGAGUUUGGAAAGAAACGGGGUUUCGAGCGUUUUCAUGCGCGUUACGUCCCUGAUACGGUCACGGAAAGGCGCGCUCUGUGCCUUAAGUUUUUCAUAGUCAUACGAAAACAGCUCUAUGCGCACGCGCGAACACAACACACUAGAUCGCGCCGAGGGUAAUAAAUCAUGAUUAAUACAGGCGUCGUAUUUUUGCUUUAAAGUUGCGCAAUACCUUGUAAAUGUUUAAUUGAUGCCACCCAAGAGAUGUUAGCGUGUAUUAAAGACGUUUUGGGUAUACAUAAUAAUAUUUGAAAAAUGAUCACAAGUAACUCACUUAUUGGAGUAUUUCAGGCAGUUAGUUAAUAAGUGAUAUAGUUAACACAAGUCAUGUUUAGUCUUAGAUUACUGAUUACUGUCGUCCGUCAAUUAGUAUAUGUAAUAGGACUCCAUGCUGUCCAAUUAAGAAAUACGACCGUAGGCCGAGUCCAAUUUGGCAGUCAGAGGAAUUUUUCGAGUCUAAUUAUUUCUUGAUUGGGGAGCAUGAAAUCCCAUUACCUAUUAAUUAUAUAGCUGCCUAAUUAAUCCCAUAUCAACAAGACCUGUCCAAUUAAGAAAAUAAUUGAACAGUUACCUAUAUGGGAUUGAUGAGAAGCUGUAUAAUUAAAAUGGUCAAACACACGAAGUCGUGUUUGUGAUUACAGUAAAACUCUAUUUAGCCGGCCAACCUCUCGAUCAACCGCCGCUUGACCGAAGGGCGGUUGUACUGUAAAUCAAUAGAGGUGGUACUGUAAAUCUGUAACUGAAUUCAAUACUCCAUUUUUACAAGUUUAAAAUUUUAUUAGUUCUUGUUACUCUAAAUAUUAUCACUUGUGUCAAUGAAAAAAUAAAGCAGGGGAACUGAUUUAG